AUGGAUCGGGUGGAUGAUGGAUGGAGUCUUAACGGGUGGAGGCGGAUUGAGCUCCACCCGAUCCACCUCCGAUCCAUUGCCAGCCCUAAGAGCAUCCGGUCGGAGACCGAGGGGACCAAUGAGGCUACAUGGUGCAAUUACUUUCCGGCCACUCUCAAAGGUGUAGCGUCCAAAUGGUUCGAAAGACUACCUGCAGGAUCAAUCGCCUCCUUCAAUGAUCUAGAAACAUUAUUUUCCACAAGGUUUAUGGCAUACAAGGAAGAAAGGAAGACAAGUAUGCAUCUAGGCCGCAUUCAGCAUGGAAAAGACGAGUCUUUGCGAAGCUAUGUCAAACACUUCAACUUGGAAGCUAGGCAAAUCCCAGACCUGCCUGAUGGCGUCUCCUUCGAUAACUUCAUCAGGGGCUUAAAGAAGGGAUCGUUUAAAUUUGAUUUAGUCAAAAAGAGCGUGCGGGCGAUGGUAGAAGUCCUCAACGAAGCCGAGGCAUUCAUACAUGCCACAGAAAUAUGUAGUGUAUCCAAACACGGUAAAACUAGAGAAGCGACGAAAUCAUCCGGGAAGAAAGAAAGGACUGAUCGGAAAACCUCACGGGUCAAUGGCACCUAG